GGCUGAGAGACGCUUGUGAUGGGAACUGCUCGGCGGGUAUUACGUCUGUGUUUGUGAGGGUGGACACUUGCAGAUCUUCAGACUUUAUUCGUUAUUCUGUGUUCUUCAGUCGGACUAACGUGAUAACGUGAUGGAGCAGCUGGAGCAGACAGAGUGGGAUUGUGUGAAUAAACUUCUCCAGCACCAUGGCUUUAAACCAGUGCACUUUGCUGAUCCUGUUGAGAAUAAGAACCUUUCAGAUCUGGUUCUGCUGGACAAGAGGGCAGCUGCUGAGAUCAGGAGUACGUUCAGGACGAUGCUCACAGAUUCUGGGAGGAGACAAGCUCUCAUUCAGGAGUUCAUCCAAUCCAACAAACAACUCAAAGAGGAGGCUCGGGUGCAAAUGAGUCGGGCAGCCUGUCAGUCCCAGAGGGCCACAGAGCUCGAGGGGUUGUUGGAUGGUGUGAAGAGAAAAGUCCAGGAGCUGGAGGACAAGUACCUCAGCAAGGCAGCCCAGCAGCACGGCAAAGCAUACCAACUCCAGCAGGAGAAGGAAGAUGCGCAGAAGCAAUGCCAGGCUCUUGAGCAGAAGCUAUCUAAAGAGAGAAAGGCCAUGGCCCAGGUUCAAAAAAAGCUCCAUUUUGCUGUCAAGGAGAAAGAGAGGCGAAUGGCCCAGCAGACUCGAAUGUUUCAGCAGAUCUACAAACGAACCGCUCGGCAACACUCCCCUGUGGACCAGCAGGUGUUAGACGUGAUUGACUUCUACGAGACUCAAAUUGCUCAGCUGCACGAUGAGCUUAAAUCCCUCAAAGGAGAUUCAGAAGUGUGUGAUCCCACAAGUUGUAGUAGAGUGUCCAGUGUCAUUACCCCAGCCUUCAAAACCAUUCUCGAGUCUUAUCAGGAACAGCUGAAAGAGAGCAAAUCUCAGAGGGAAGAGCUCAAGAGUGAAGUUCAGCGCCUGAAACAAGACUUGGAGACAAGGCCCACACUAAAAGAACUGAAGUCCUACAAACACCAGCUACGUUGCAUGGAAAGGUUGAAUAAACAGAAUAACAAGAACUGGCCCAAAGAGGAUAACAAAACUCAAGCAAGCCAUUCGGAAGUGGAAAAUGUUCGUCAACAAGUCAUGGAAGCCGAUUCAUGUGCCCAACAUCGCCAUUUAUUGAAUGAGGUCCGUGCCAUCUUGACUGGUCCCAGGGCUCCGCUGCGGCUGCACCGGCAGAGACCUGCCGGCAGUGAUAUGGAGGGGUCCGAGUAUCGGGCGGUCCUCCCUACACUGAACAGCUGGUCUGAACAACUGAAUUCACUGAAGGAGCUGCACCAUGCCCUGAGUAAGUUGAGCAUGAGACUGAUGCCGUGGCAGCCGUCCAACAACGACCAGAACCUGCCAGAGUCUGUGAGGGUGGAGGACCUGAUGCUGCUGGUAGACACCAUGCUGGAAGACACCUCCAUCGAUGAUGAGAGGAUCCUCAGAAGUCCCACGAGGUACACCCUGGAGUCCAUGGUAUCACACUUUCAGAAGCUGUUUGAUGUGCAUUCUCUCAGCGGGGUCUUCCCACGUAUGAAUGAGGUCUACACCAGGCUGGGAGAGAUGACCAACGCCAUGAGGAAUCUCAGGGACAUCCUUGAUCUAGAUGACAGGGGUUCUCCUGGUGAGGUGGUGAACCAAGUAGCAAGAGUGGUCUCCUCCACUGAAGACUCAGUGGUAAUGCAGCUCCGCAAACUGCUGGCAGAGGGCGACAUUGACAGUGUCAUUCACAAGCUGAAGGAACACAAUGAGUUCUUCCCCGCUUUUCAUUCUGUGGUUCUGGAAUUGAUGGAAACUUUGGGAGUCAGUGUCCUGGAUGACAUUUUGCCUGCUCUGCGGUUACUGAAGCUGAGGACACAGUGACACGCAGAUGGGAUUGUGUGCUGUGAAUUUUGAUAAGUCUACCGUCUACCCGCUGACUGAGGUUUUUUUUUUUUAGGACA